CACAACCCCCAGCACCCUCAUCCUCUCCGGGGGGACGGACGCCGGCCGCUGCCCCUCCGCCACCCCCCGGCCGUCGCCAUGGGCAACUGCUGCCCGGGCUCCGGGGAUGCGGAGCCCGCCCCCGAUGCUUCCGCCGACCCCUCCUCCCGCCUCCACUCCGGCGGCACGUCCCUCAAGGCCGGCGCCUCGGACGGGUCUGCCCCCAAGCCCACGAAGCCGCCGGCGCCCAUUGGCCCGGUGCUGGGCCGCCCCAUGGAGGACGUGCGCAGCAUCUACACCGUGGGCAAGGAGCUCGGGCGCGGGCAGUUCGGCGUCACCAGCCUGUGCACGCACAAGGCCACCGGGGAGCGGUUCGCGUGCAAGACCAUCGCGAAGCGGAAGCUGUCCACCAAGGAGGACGUGGAGGACGUGCGGCGCGAGGUGCAGAUCAUGUACCACCUCGCCGGGCAGCCCAACAUCGUGGAGCUCAAGGGCGCCUACGAGGACAAGCAGUCGGUGCACCUCGUCAUGGAGCUCUGCGCCGGCGGGGAGCUCUUCGACCGCAUCAUCUCCAAGGGCAAGUACACGGAGCGCGCCGCCGCGUCGCUGCUCCGCACCAUCGUCGAGAUCGUGCACACCUGCCACUCCCUGGGCGUCAUCCACCGCGACCUCAAGCCCGAGAACUUCCUCCUCCUCAGCAAGGACGAGAACGCGCCGCUCAAGGCCACUGACUUCGGCCUCUCCGUCUUCUUCAAGCAAGGGGAGGUGUUCAAGGACAUCGUCGGCAGCGCCUACUACAUCGCGCCGGAGGUGCUCAAGAGGAACUAUGGCCCCGAGGCGGACAUCUGGAGCAUCGGCGUCAUCGUCUACAUCCUCCUCUGCGGAGUUCCGCCCUUCUGGGCCGAAUCCGAGCACGGCAUCUUCAACUCCAUCCUGAGGGGACAGGUGGAUUUCACAAGCGACCCGUGGCCGCGCAUUUCGCCGAGCGCAAAGGACCUCGUCAGGAAGAUGCUCACCUCUGACCCCAAGAAGAGGAUCUCUGCCUACGACGUCCUCAAUCAUCCGUGGAUCAAGGAAGAUGGCGAGGCGCCUGACACGCCACUGGACAACGCUGUCAUGAACAGGCUCAAGCAGUUCACGGCGAUGAACCAGUUCAAGAAAGCCGCGCUGAGGGUCAUCGCCGGAUGCCUGUCGGAGGAAGAGAUCAGGGGUCUGAAGGAGAUGUUCAAGAGCAUGGACUCCGACAACAGCGGCACCAUCACCGUGGACGAGCUCCGGCGAGGGCUGGCCAAGCAGGGCACCAAGCUCAGCGAGGCCGAAGUGGAGCAGCUGAUGGCGGCCGCCGACGCGGACGGGAACGGGACGAUCGACUACGAGGAGUUCAUCACGGCGACGAUGCACGUGAACAGGAUGGACAGGGAGGAACACCUGUACACUGCGUUCCAGUACUUCGACAAGGAUGGCAGCGGGUGCAUCUCCAAGGAGGAGCUGGAGCAGGCGCUCAAGGAGAAGGGGCUCCUGGACGGCAGGGACAUCAAGGAAAUCAUCUCGGAGGUCGACGCCGACAACGACGGGAGGAUCGACUACAGCGAGUUCGUGGCGAUGAUGAGGAAAGGGAAUGCCGAGCAGAACCCCAAGAAGCGGCGCGACGUCGUGUUGUAGCCUGUACCUGUAGGAGCAGAGAGCUAGCUGCUGAUAUAUAUCGAAUAUCGAAUGGUAAAUGGAUCGGCGUCCAGCCAGUUGAUGACACGACGUAUGGGCUGCUUGCUUGUACACUGGUUGAGCAGGGCAAGACGCAGUGGCAGGGAGAUGCAAGCACUCGGCUGCGAAUACAUCGAAACAUGCAUGGUGAGCUGGAGCAUGGAAGGGCCAGGGACUCCUGACAAUGUAGGUAAAAGUAUGAAAGGAUGCAGUACACCUUAUUGACCGAGGACCCGUGCUGUGGAGCCUGAACACAGCAGCAGCUGUUGUUUUAGAUCUGUUGCAUUCGUAAACUGCUUACUGAUGGUUGGAGAAUUCGUCAGUGACCACCAGUCUCUCGACGUGCAAUGACCAUGGAGACAUGGAUUGUGUAUAUAUCUUCAGAUGUGUAAGUGUAAACGUAAGGGAAUAGCAUACGCGAAUCUAAUAUGUUGUUGAGCGAUUGUGGACAGUUUUCCUUUCCCUUUUGUAUCAUUGGUUCGCGGUGACACAGAGAAGUAAUGCAUGAGACGAGCACAUUAUGAGCACAUGUAUACAUGGAAAAGAGAUUAGAUUCAGCCAAGA